AUGACUGACGCCGAGGGUAACACGACGAUAGUGGAAGGUCAGGAAUGCCGACACCGCGCAACGAUAUCCCUCGAGCCGUGCCAGGACUGCAAACGCGAAUCCAGCCAGCGGGUCCGGUAUCGGUGGCGCAUCAUCCUUGGCCUUGUGCUACCGUUUGCCAUCUCAGCCCUGGACGUGACCAUCAUCGCCACCGCAUUACCUUGGAUCGCUGCUGAUUUCGACCGCGUGACCCAGCUCAACUGGAUCAUCGCUGCCUUCAACCUGACUGCGGUAGUCUUCAUUCCUUUAUGGGGCCAGAUGGCCGAUAUCUUUGGACGACACUCUACCAUCCAAGCCUGCAUGAUUCUGACCCUCAUCGGAGGGGGCAUUUGCACGGGGACGCCUUACAACGCUUUCCCGAUGCUGUUGUUUGGGCGCGCGCUGCAGGGCAUUGGUUGUGCUGGCAUGAAUGUCGUUAUCCGUGCCAUCGUCGCUGACAAGGUCUCGCUGCGUGAGGACGCAUAUACCUGGUCCAUAUUCUCGCUCGUCGGCGGGUGUUCCUACGCCAUUGGGCCUGUUGUAGGAGGAUACCUCACGAAGACUACCUGGCGAUGGUGCUUCGGCAUCAAUCUUCCGAUAGGGGUGGCAGGCUGCAUCGUUGUCUUCGUUUUCCUACGUCCGGUUCUCCUCGGCCCGCAGCCGCUCCCUCAGCUCGAAGAAACGACACAAAUCGCUCGCAAGUCAACCGUGAUGCAGCGGUUGGCCACUAUUGACGCUGGCGGCCAGGAUCUUUGCCUGUUAGGGAUCGGUCUGCUCGUCUUGGCGUUCACUUGGGCUGGUGCGACCUACGAUUGGGACACGUCAGCCGUUCUCGUGCCCACAAUUGCCGGCUUUGUCAUUAUCUUUGCCUUCAUCUGGUGGCAACGCGAGAUGGAACCCGGGAGAAGGCUCGCCAAGCUAUUCCCACGGCAGCUGCCCAUGAUCUCCUGGCAAGUUAUCAAAAACAGGGAUAUUGGGUUACUCUUGUUCACCUCGUUUGCGUCGGGCAUGGCCAUGUACGCGGUCAUGUAUUUUUGCAGCCUGUACUUCACCAUGGUGAAGCACUCACCGGCAAGCGAGGCCGGCCGGGCGCUUCUCUUCUUUGUGCCCGGGAUCGCAGUUGGCGUGUAUAUGGCCAUACGCAUGUGCAACAAUUGGCCGCGACAGACGUGGCAUCCGAUCAUGACGGGUUCUAUCAUCGAGGCUGUGGCCAUUGCGCUCCUCGCUUGGGCCAUGUGGGAGGAGCGCGAUGGGGUGGUUUAUGGAAUGAUGGCAAUGGCUGGCGUGGGUGUAGGGGUACGUUUCAUGCCAGUUCCUCUGCACGGCAUGGGCUUCUUCCCCAAGCAAGUCUCUGCCAUAGUCAGCCUAACCCAGUUAUCAGAUCCUCUUGGCGGCACGUUUGGUCUCACUAUCAUGACGACCGUCUUUAAUAACGCUGUCAAUCUCGGGAACAAUACUACUAUGUCAGCCAAUGACUUCGUGACACUGCAGAACUUGCCUCCAGAAGCAAUUGCAGAGAUCAAGGAGGCCGCUAAGGAGGGUAUUGUGUGGGCACUCAUCGCCAUCUUCCCUUUCAUGAUCCUGUGCAUUGUGGCAGCUGCGUUCAUGGGUAGUGUGUACCUCACAACAGGCGCGGAAGACGAGGACGAUAACGCAAAUCAGAUUUACGAGGGCGUGUAUCUUUGGGCGCUGCUUCGCAAAGAGAAGAUAGACAGAAACUCGGACAAGGUCAAAGUGACCUAUCGGGCGGCGUAUGCGAACAGGCCAAGUCUGCCGCGGUAG